AUGUACGACUGUAAAAUUUUCACGAAUUUAUCCUGUGAGGAACUGGAGAAAAGUGUUUCUGAUCUAAAUCACAAGUUAUUAUCUCCUGAGAUUCCUGAAAACUUUCAACUCGUCAAAGAUGAUUUCGAGGAAAUCGAUGUUGAGUAUUUAUUUGUCAGGGUGCAAUACACUAUGAAGAAUCAAAUAGGGAAAUCCAGCAGCAAAUUCUCAUGUAGCGAUGAAGUUAUUGACCAAUAUGUGAAAAACGUAUUCGACUUACCUACAAAGGUAUACGACGAUCUUCGUACGGAGGCUUGUCAGGCUGAGCCACCUGUCUUAGUUUUAAAUGUUUCAGUUAUUGAAGCUAAAAACUUGGAAGCUAAAGAUUUAAAUGGAUUCAGUGAUCCUUAUUGUAUUCUAGGAAUAAUAUUUGGACGUUAUGUGGGUCAGAAUGAGAAAUCUACAACUCCUGAUUCAUUUAUAAAGACUACAACAUCUAGUCAAAAUGAUUUAGAAACUGUACAAACAAUGCGAAACGCUUCAGGAAAAAAGGGUUUCGAUAAUAAUCGUGUUACAUUUACGCGUUCAUCAUUUCGACGUUUUAGUCAAUCUCUUAAUAAGCGAACAAACCAAAGUGAGAAACUACAAACAUCUCAUAAUGAAUCAUUUAAAAUGGCUGGUGCUGCAUCGUCUAAAUCUGUAGUUAAUAAAGAAGGACAUAUUCCAGUUGGAAUAAUGAAAUCAACUCAGGUCAAAGAGCAAACAUUAAAUCCUGUUUGGAAUGAAAGUUUUAGACUGGAAAUAGACGAUAUAUCAAGUGAUAAGUUACAUUUGGAUAUAUGGGAUCAUGAUGAAGAGACCAGUGUAUUAGAAGCGGUUCGGAGUUUAAAUGAAAUUCGUGGUGUAAAACAGUUAGGUCGUUACUUUAAACAAGUUAGUCAAUCAGCACGUAAAAAUCAAACUGGUGAUAUGGAUGAUUUUUUAGGUUGUGUCACAAUCGAUAUCAAAGAUAUACCAUCUACAGGUUUAGAUAGUUGGUUCAAAUUAGAAGGUCGUUCAAAUCGAUCAAAAGUUCAAGGUGAAAUUCAUUUAGCGCUUAAUUUAAGCGCACAAAAUGAUUUGAAUGAAGUUGAACGUGAUAAAACUGUGGCUAUUCAAGAACAUAUUCAAUUAUUUUAUUUAUUUUCACUUUAUCAAUUAAAACAAGAAAAUAGUACUGGAAUACCAUGGAAUGGAAAUAUAGUUGAAGAAGGUGAAAUUAUUCUUCAUCAACAUGCUAUUCAAAAUGGACUGACAGAAAUACAAGUUGCCAUGUGUCAGUGGAUAGCAUUGAUUCGAUUAAAUUAUACUAGAUCAUUGGAUCAAAUCAUUCUUUUACAUACAUUCAAACAUCUUAUAUCAUUAUGGUCAGAUAAACUACUUACUAGAGAAGAGCUUAAUUAUUUAUCAGAUUCAUUCAAAGUAUUUACAGAACAUUCUUUAAUUAUGAUAUGCAACUAUAAUUUAAUCUUCUAUAAUGCUCAAUCAGACAAGGUAUUAGAUUUGAAUCAUUUGCUUGAGUGUUUAUGUAUGUUGCAUAAUUCACGUUUAUAUCAGUUCAGUUCACCUUUUUCUAAUUCAUUACAAAAAGAAUUUCUUACAUCAUUUAAGAAAUUUGUUCUUGCACGUUAUGAAAAACACAAAACCGCCGUUAUGGGAAAAACCGAUAAGUUGGAUUUGGCACAUUAUGAAAUAUCUCAAUUAAUAUUAUUGAUUAAAUUGUUGAUUAUUGAUUUGGAAAAAUGUCAUGAAGUUUAUUCACCAAUUAUUAAAAAGUAUCUGGAUUUGGAUCCUUUUAUAAAUAUGUACAAACUUUACGCAAAUUCUCUACAUCAUGAUUACAUAACUAUCAAUGUUCUACAAAAUCUAGUACUACCAAUAAUAAAUCAAGAAUUGGAAACUAAAUCAUCUUUGUCAACUGGUAAACAGUGUUUAACAAAAUCUAUAGAAUUGAAAUCAUUAUUUGUUCUUUAUUUACUACUUAAAAAAUUUGAAAAUAUGUAUGAUAUCAAAAUAAAAUCUAAUGAACCAAAGAAAUUAAUUGAUUUCGAUUGGUAUACAUGGUUUCGACCAGUUAUUUCAUAUUGGAUACAACAAUGUAAUUCUCAAUUGUUAUCUAAUUUAGAUGGAGAUAUACAAAAUGAUCAGCUUAUACCAACUAAUGAACAAUUAAUAAAUUUUUUACCAAAUGAAAUUAAAAUAGAAAACUAUUUUGGUUUACAUUCAAUAUCAAGUUUACAAAUAACAAAUAAUUUGACUCAAUUAAUAAAUACAUGGUUAUUAAUUAAUUGGCCAGAUGAACAAACUAAAUAUAAUUAUGUUAUUGAAAUUGUUCAAAUUGCUUGUGAAGUUACUUUAUCAUAUGCAAAACAGUUACAUGAGAAACUUCGUCUACAAGGAUAUUGUGAUGAAGAAGGGCAGUUUGAUAUUUCAACCUCACUCUCUAUUGGAUUGAACAAUUUGGAAUUAAUUUCAAAAUUUAUUCAAUGCAUUCUACUAUUUUUAAAUGUACAAACUCCUUGGUCGUCUAAUAAUAAAAAUGUUGUUUCCAGUAUUUCUAAUACUAACAACACGAGUAGUGUUCUUUGUGGUACUAUCACUGGUAAAAGUAACAAUACUAAAAGUAAUGAUAAUAAUAACAAUGAUAGUGGGACUAUUGGUACCACAAAUGUAAUCAGUAAAUCGAUUGAUGAUGAAGAAACUAAAAUUCCUUACCAACAUUUAGAAACUUUAAAGCGUCUUCAACAUAAAGGAUAUAGUGAACUUAUUCGUGUAUUGAAUCGAACAAUCUAUCGUAUGAAUGCUAAAAUGAGACCAGAAAUCAGAAAGAAUGUCUUUCAUUUAUGUUGGAGUCUACGAUCAACUCCUGUUGAUAAGGCUAUGCAUGAUUUAAUCGUUUAUUUGGACUCCAAUAUAAGAACAUUAAAAAUUAAUGUAUCUAGUAAUUUAUUACAUCGUUGUGUACUAUCAAUAUGGCAUGAAUGUCUUGAACAAUAUAUGGAACAAACAAUUAAAGAAGGUGAAAUUAAUUCAACUAAUAUUGGUGGUCCUGGUGCAUUUCUACAAAUUAAAUCAGAUUUUAAUGCAGAUAAUAAUAAUAAUAAUCCAACAAUUAUACCACUAUCUACUCAUGAAAUAUUAAAAAAGUCUUUAGGUAUAUUACUUGAAUUUUUCUUAAAAAUUGGUGAGGAUCAAAUCAAUAAAGGAAGUUUAGAAACAGAAGAAUAUAAUAAUGUAAAAUAUUUGAUCCAACUAUAUAACAGUAGUACACCAGAAGUGGUUGAACAGUAUUUCAUUGAAAACUUAAUGAACAAUAAGAUAAGUUAUCAACGGACAUCAUUAUAUGUAGAUAUACAACGAGCUACAAACCUUGUACCACUUGAUUCAAACGGUUUAUCAGAUCCAUUCAUAAUUAUUGAAUUACUACCUAAGCAUAUAUUUUCGGAAACUCCAAAGUCAUCACGAACAAGAAUUGUCAAGAAUACAGUUGAUCCUGUAUUUGAUGAACAUUUUGAAUUUCCGGUUACUCCAGAAGAAUUACAACAUCCAUCAUUCUGUUUAGCUUUUAUUGUCAUGGAUCAUGAUUUGAUUAUGUCGGACGAUUUUGAAGGAUGUGUAUUUAUUCGACCUUCAUUACUAAUGAAAUCAUCAAAUAAACAAGAAAUAAAUCCAGAGAAUUCGAAACUAGUUUUUUCAAACUCUCGAUUACAGAAUAGAUCUGCCAAUGAAUACAAACAGUUACAAUUAUGCUUACCGCUGAUCCGACCGAUCAGUAAAAAAUAUGGCGCAUUAGAUAUUUUGGGUCAACGUACCGACUCAUACGCCCAAGAAAUAUUUAAACGAUGGAAAACUCUAGAAGACAGUGAAAUAAAUCAAUAAUAGGAAAGUAUACGUAAAAUAAAACAGUCAAUUCAUUAAACCCUAAUUAAUUCAUUUCAUGUUUUCUUUUAGAAGGACAAUAGAACAGAAGUUGUUACUUUAAUAUUUACUGAUAUAAUCAAGCUUAUUUUCUCUUUAUAAUUCAUCUCUACAGUCAUCAUAUCG